UUUCUUUUUCUGCAUCACUCGUCUCAGAUCAAAUCUACGAUCGAGAAUUGUGUACGGCGGUUUCUGGAGUUCGAUUUGCUGAAUUUCUCAAUCCCGAAAGGCUCUAAUCCUUGUUUUUCUGAACGAUUCUGGAAUUCUCCAUGGCUACAGAAGAUGCAGUUCUAGCUGUUGAGACGGAGGUAGCGCAGCCGGCGGCUGAGGAGGCUGUGAAGGAAGAGAAUCCUCCGGCGAAAUCGGGGAAGGCGAAGAAAGGUGCGGCGGCGAACGCAGCCAAACCGAAGAAAGUACCUGCGCCUAGAAAGCGUAGUUCGCCGACUCACCCGCCUUACUUCGAGAUGAUUCAGGAUGCGAUCGUCACGUUGAAGGACAAAACCGGAUCAAGUCAAUACGCGAUUACGAAGUUCAUCGAAGAUAAGCAGAAAGCUCUGCCGGGGAACUUUAGGAAGCUUCUACUCACCCAAUUGAGGAAGCUUGUUGCCAAUGAAAAGCUUGUCAAAGUGAAGAGUUCGUACAAGCUGCCGGCGAUUCGUCCGUCAAAACCAGCUGCUGUUUCUGCGCCGGCGAAGAAGAAGCCUUCUGCCGCCGCCGCCGCUAAGCCGAAACCGAAGCCGAAGGCUACCGCUACCAAAGAGAAGAAAACUACAGUUUCAAAGCCCAAACCGAAGCCUAAGACAGCCGCCGCAAAACCUAAACCCGCAGCAAAGGCGAAACCAGCUGCCAAAACCAAGCCUGUUGCGUCUCCAGCGAAGGCGAAGGCCGCGCCUAAGAGGAAAGCACCGGAGAAGUCAUUAAAGGUUGAGAAGAAACCGGCUGCCAAAGUUGCCAGGACGUCGACGAGGCUGACUCCAUCAAGGAAGGCUGCUCCUGCAAAGAAAGCUCCAGUUGCUAAGAAAGCAGCUCCUGCGAAGAAAGCUCCAGUUGCCAAGAAGCCAAAAUCGGUUAAGUCUCCGGCGAAGAAGGUCGCCGCAAAGAAAGGGAAGAAGUGAAUUCAGGGUAGUUUGGAAACAAUAAACUUCGUUGUAGGAUAGUACUGUAAAUUAACCCUUGAGAGCCUUUUUCCGGGUGUAGACUUCAUGACUUUCGUUUUAUAUGGCCCUUUGAUUAUAGUGAAUUCCAGUUCUUAUUGUUUCUCCUAUACAGUGGUUUUUGGGGAUAUUUAGAUUAUGUAGUUCACAUCUUUCCAGAAAAGAAAAGAUUCAGUGAGUUUCUUGUAA